GAGCCAGGAGCUCCCCACCGCUGACGGUCAUACCCGGACCUCCAUCGGCAGCCCGGAUUGCCGCCGUCCACAGAAGCCCAGCACCCCCUGCCCGCUCAUCCCUCAGCCAGAGAUCCCCAGCCGGGCCCUGUGCCCUGUGCCCUGUGCCCACUUCUCCUGACCAACUUGGCCGCCACCUUAGAAGGCUGGAGCAGGGACGCCGCCGUUCCGGCCGCCUGCUCCCCUUGGGUCUCCACUUGAGCCCACGCCGGCCCCUGCUCCUGCCCGCAGCCCUGCCUCUGGACACCGGAUAAGGCCCAGCGAACAGACUCCCGGGUGGACAGCAUGGACCACAGCACACUCUACCCGGUCGUGGCCCUGCUGCUGGCCGUCUGCUGCCUCAGCCCCGCAAGCCUUGCAGAAACAGUCCAUUGUGAUCUACAGCCUGUGGACCUCGAGGUGACAUACAGCAUAAACCAGGUUUCUAAGGGCUGCGUGGCUCAGGUCUCCAAUGCCACCGUCGAAGUUCACAUCCUCUUCCUGGAGUUCUCGAGGGAAAUGUCAGAGCUGAAGUUGACUGUCCAGAUGUCCAAGCAAAAUGGCACCUGGCCCCGAGAGGUGCUCCUGGUGCUCAGCGUAGACAAGAUGGUCUUCCUGCGACUGCAGGCCCCCGGAAUCCCACUCCUCCUGGCCUACAACCCCAAACAUGUCUUUCAAGAGCUCCAAGGAGUCAACGUCGUGCAUCUCCCAGGCUUAACCAAGAGCCAGCUCCUCGACUGGGCAGAUACAAAGGGUGCCAUCGCCUCUGUCGCUGAGCUGAGCGACCCCCAAAACAUCCUCCUCCGCCUGGACCAAGCCCCGAGGUCACCGUCCUCCUGCAGUCCCGAACCCCACAUGGACAUGGGCCGCACGCUCGAGUGGCAGCCGCGGGCUUCGGUCCAAGGCUGCCGCUUGGAAGGUGUGGCGGGCCACAAGGUGGCGCACAUUCUGAGGAUCUUGCCCGGCCCUGAGCCCAGGCCCCAGACAGUGAAUGUGAAGGUGGAGCUGAGCUGCACUUCAGGGGAUCCUGACGCCGUGCUCAUCCUGCAGGGUCCACCCUACGUGUCCUGGCUCAUCGACGCCAACCACAAUAUGCAGAUCUGGGCCACUGGUAAAUACUCCUUCAAGAUCUUUCCAAAGGAAAACAUCAGUGGCCUCGUGCUCCCAGAUACACCCCAAGGCCUGCUGGGGGAGGCCCGGAAGCUCAACGCCAGUGUGGUAGCGUCCUUUGUGGAAUUCCCUCUGACCAGUGUCAUCUCUCUUCAGGCCAGCAGUUGUGGCGGUGGGCUGCAGACCUCACCCACACCUGUCCAGACCACCCCUGCCAAGGAGACCUGCAGUGAGGUGCUGCUCAUGAGUCUGCUCCAGCCAAACUGCUCUGAUGACACCAUGACUUUGGAACUCAAGAAAAAUCUCAUCUUGCCUUUGAAGUGCACCAUCACGAGCCUGACCUUCUUGGACCCCAGCUGCCAGGCUGAGGACAGAGGUGACCAGUUGGUCUUACACAGCACCUACUCCAACUGUGGCAUGAAAGUGAUGGACAAUGUGGUCCAUAAUGAGGUGGUCGUCAGCUUCCUGUCAAGCUCAUCACCACAGCGGAAACAGGUGCAGUGCAUCGACAUGAAAAGCCUCUCCUUGCAGCUGGGCCUCUACCUCACCCCGCAGUUCCUCCAGCCCUCCAACGCCAUUGAGCUGGGACAACAGGGCUUUGUGCAGGUGAGCAUGUCCCCGUGGAUCCCCGAGCUCACGCUCAAACUGGACAGCUGCCAGCUGGAUUUGCGGCCUGAGGCAGACACCGUGGAACUCAUCCAGAGCAGUGUGGCCAAGGGUAGCUGCGUGAGCCUGCUGUCCUCAAGCCCUCACGGUGACAUGCGCUUCAGCUUCCUCCUCCGUGGCUACAUGGUGCCCACACCCAAGGCUGGCACCCUCAGCUGCACUGUAGCCCUGCGUCUUGGGACGUCGUCUCUGGAUGUCCGCAGGACUGUCUCCAUGCGUCUGAACAUCGUCAGCCCUGACAUGCCUGGCAAGACCCUCGUCCUGCCCGCCGUGCUGGGCAUCACCUUCGGCGCCUUCCUCAUCGGGGCCCUGCUCACUGCCGCGCUCUGGUAUAUCUACUCGCACACACGUCCCCCCAGCAAGCGGGACCCCGUGGUGGCAGUGGCUGCCCCGGCCUCCUCAGAAAGCAGUAGCACCAACCACAGCAUCGGGAGCACCCAGAGCACCCCCUGCUCCACCAGCAGCAUGGCGUAGUGCCCAGCCUGGAGCCCUGGGGGCCACCCAGCCAGCCCUUGCCCAGCAGGAGAGACUGAGCAGCCACCAGCUGGGAACCAUUGGUGAUGAACUCACUCCAGGACCCCAAUCCUUCCACUCAACCAAGGAUGGACCAUGCCCUCUGCCUCUUUCUCAGAGGCCUGCAGCCAGCGGGGACACCAGCUCGGAAUACCUUGGGGUCCCCCCACCUCACCCUGCAGAACCUUCAAACUCAGUGGGCCUGGGGUAUGGCUGCCCAGAACCACAGGGAGACAGAACACUAUCCUGCAUGUCCACAUUGUUGUAGAAACCAAGUCCCUGUCAUUUUAACUGGAUCCAGCACUCAAUGACCUGGGCUGGACAGGAGGUGAGAACUCGGAAGACUGCCCAGCCUCCUCAGGCCUCAAGCGCCUCCUCAGUGACCAGCCCAGAACCAAGACCUGAUCCCAGCAGCACAACCUUGGACUGGCACAACUUUGGGGGUGGGGAGGACUGAAGCCUAAGGAUGCCCAGCCUGAGAGUGGGGGAGCCUAGCUCCUUCCUGCAACUGUCACAUGGAGACCCCUUUCCUCUGAGCCCAUCAGGCAGCAGACAGGAGUGGCCGGGCUGCCUGACCUGGGCCCACCCCUAUAUACUCACCACCAAUAAAUCAGACCAUGAAAUCA